AUGGCUAAUACCCUUGAAAGUAAUUUAGAAAUUGAAAAGGACUCCGAAGCCUUGAAGAACUCCUCAUUGGAUGGUCAGAAGGCAACUCUGGACGAACUACCGCCUGAACUCCUUGUGCACAUCUUCGAAAUGGCACAAAACAUGUUCUUUCCAUUGGACAAACAUAUGUACUGGCGAUUUCCUUUCAUCCUUGGGAAGGUGUCGCGCUAUUGGCGCCAAGUCGCCUACGGGGCACCGACGCUGUGGUCGAACGUGGAUAUCUCGCUUCGCCGAGAUUUGGGUGGUUUACAGGUCUACCUUGGCAGAUCCAAGGACUCCCCCAUCGAUCUUAAUAUCACCUUUACCCCGACUCUAAGUCAGAGAAACGUUGGCAUGCUCAUAGGCAUCUUACAACCUCAUUACCGACGUUGCCGUUCCAUCAGAGUCAGGUCUGAAUCCUUUCAUGAAUUCGCCGCGGAGAUUUCGAGCAUUCUUGGCUCGAUGUGCAAAGGCCAUUAUCCAAUGCUACAGCACAUCUGUGUGGAGGGCUUUGACUCGGAGGAGGGCUCUGAUAUGAGUAGUGCUGUACAACCCUUCGCAAUUGUAGCUGACGCCGUUAACCUGACGAGUGUACACUUAAAAGGUUUGGGUUUGAGCUAUUGCCGCCCUCCUCUUACUGCUGUAACACAGCUUCACUUGGCGGUCUCAAAUCACCCGAUUCUCUACACUGACUUCUCCAACAUGUUACGGUCCUGUCGAUCCUUGGUCACAUUGUGUGUCUACGACGAUUUCGUUCUCGAAUGGCCUACCGAUCUCCAUGACACCCAUGACAUGCCCUUCCUCCGUUACAUACGCAUCUUCGGAAAUAUGUUAGAAGUUUCUCAGCUUCUACUUUCUAUAUCUGCCCCGGAUUUAGAGGGACUCACCAUUGCUCCAAUUGUUCUGUCCGACCUCACCAAACUCGAGAGGGAAACUAGCAAUGCUCCUCGAUUUCCGGCGUUGAAAUUACUCACCCUUGCACCCACCGCUCACGGCGAAUCUAUGAUUGCAGCCCUCGCCAACGCCUGCUUCCCAGGGAUCAAGUUGCUUAUUCUUCCCAAUUUUAAUAAACGUUCUUUUGUAGGGUCUUUCAAAACGACGGACUCUCGGCCAUUCUGGCCUGAGCUCGAUGGUCUCGCUGUCCGUCGCAUUGAUGACCGAGGUGCAUUAUUUCAGUGUGCCCUUGCGCUCGCUGUACUUGGAUCCCUUGUCAUUGUCAAGGCUGACCCGAAUGGACUGGUUAAAGAAUCAAUUGUCGGUGGUGGAGGCAGAUCCAUGGAAGACACAAUGUGA